AUGGUGCGCUCCCGGCGGCCUCUCCCGUCCCUCUUCGACCUCUUCAGAGCCCUCCUGAUGCUGUCUCCGGAGCUGCUAAUGGGGAACCCCAGGGGUCUUUUCGACGUGUCCCUCUCUUAUCCAGGUGUGCAGAAAGCCCUCGCCUUCGUGGUGGAGGCAUACAAUCAGAAGAGAAUUGACAUCGCCAACUAUUUCAAGCUGCGGGGAGUUCUGACGGCUCAGGCACAGGUGAAAAAUGGGAAGAUACGUCGAUACCGUUUUAAGUUGGAGUUGGUGGAAACCACCUGUGAAAAGAAGACUAAUACAUUGACAUAUAAGAAGAUCCAGCAAUUUAUUGUCAGUCACUGCCUGUCACUGAUCUGGACCUCCGAAGGAACCUCUUCUGCUCAGGCUAAGGAUUCUGAGUGUGUCCGGCAGCUGAGCAACCUCUGGUGUACAAGCUGA